AUGUCUGGAAUUACUGAUAAUUACGGUUGCAGCGAUUGUUUAACAUUAGGGCGUCAUCUGAACUCAACGGAAAGUUACACGUAUUCUCAUGUUGAAGAAGGUGAUGAACUUUUGAAGUACAUAUGGAGAGAAUACUUGUAUCCAAAACAGUAUGAGUGGGUUUUAAUAGCCGGAUAUAUUAUUGUUUUCCUGCUCUCUUUGGUUGGGAACACAUUAGUUUGCUUUACAGUAUGGAAAAAUGAUAACAUGCAUACAGUAACCAACUACUUCAUUGUGAACCUCUCCUUUCCUGAUAUCCUGGUCACUAUAACAUGCCUUCCUGCAAGUUUGGUAGUGGACAUCACAGAAACAUGUUUUUUUGGAGAAACGCUCUGCCGAAUAUUACCCUAUUAAUAGAUAAGGACAAUCUCUGUGUCUGUCUCCGUGCUGACCCUCAGUCACAUAGCACAGGAUCGGAGGUAUGCAAUCUGCCACCCACUCAAGAUCAAGAGCAUGGUUAGAAGGGACAGAAGCAUUGUCCUCAUCUGGCUGGUGUCCUGCAUCAUCAUGGUCCCGCAGGCAGUUGUCAUAGAAUGCAGCAGCCUGCUGCCUGAGCUGCUGCCCGAGCUCACCAACAAGACCAUCCGUGAUGAGCACUGGGGAGAUGAGAUCUAUCCCAAGGUCUACCACACCUGCUUCUUUAUUGUCACUUAUUUUGCCCCUUUGUGCCUAAUGGUCCUGGCAUACAUACAAAUCUGUCAUAAGCUCUGGUGUCAGCAGAUUCCUGGAACGUCGUCGGUGCUGCAGCGAAAGUAUCUGCGGUGCAGUAAGUCUCUGCGGUGUUCGACUCAGGCCACAGUCCCUGGUGAGUCAGUCAAGGUCAGGAAAAGCACAGUGUCGGCCCAAAUAAAGCAGACAAGGACCAGGCGGAAAACAGCACGCAUGCUGAUUGUGGUACUCCUCUUCUUCACCAUCUGUUAUCUGCCCAUUAGUGUCCUCAACGUCAUGAAGAGAGUGUUUGGUGGUUUCAAGAGCAUGAGCGAUAGAGAGAUGGUGUAUGCCUGGUUCACCUUUACCCACUGGCUUAUAUAUGCCAACAGUGCGUCCAAUCCAAUCAUCUACAACUUCCUCAGUGAUAAAUUUCAGGAGGAGUUCAAAGCAGCCAUCACCUGUCAGUACUCAGGCAGAGGUGAAAAAGAGUGGGUAAUGGCCAAGAUGAACACGGACAGCCACAAGUCCCUAUCCACGCAAGUCAGCCAUUUAGACAACGUGUCAUGGCUCUCAGACCAGGCAGUGUAG